UGACCAGUCUGGAAAUGACGAAAUACCAAUGGAAAUAGAAAAGAAACUUAGAAACAUCGAUAUUCUUUCGGACGAGGAAAAUGAGGAAAUGGACACAAAGGAACAGAAAGGGCUAAACCUCAGAUUGUUCCAAAAGGAAUUAACUGAAAAAGCAAAGAGAGGGUGUAAUACAAUAGUGUGCUCAGAAACAGGGACAGGGAAAACUAGAAUAGCAUUUGACAUCAUUAAAGAUCACUUAAAGAAAAACCCGGAGGGACUUGUCGGAGUUUUAGCCAAUAAUGCAGUAUUAGUUGCUCAACACUACAAAGCUCUCAAAAUGUUACUACCUGAGUAUGAAGAAAUGGCAAUGAUGCUAUCUGGUAGCAGCAACCAUAGUAAAAACUUGCAUUUAUUUGCUAAAUGUGUGCCAAUUAUCAUCAUGACCCCUGCACUUAUUCUGAAUACGAUAGAUUCGGGCAACGACCCCGAAAUCUUGAGUAGGUUCACGCUGCUUGUGUUUGAUGAAUGUCACCAUACAUAUGGCGAGCACAUUUUCAAUAAGGUAAUGCGAAGAUAUCACAUGGAAAAAGAGAAAGGAUAUAGUGUUCCACAAAUAUUAGGACUAACAGCAACUCUUGGGACAGGGUCAGCAAACUCUUUGGAAAAAGCAGAGUCGCACAUCAUUGGUAUUAUGGCAAAUCUUGAUGUAGAGGACUUGUCCAUUGUUACAAAAGAAAAGGAUAAUUACCAUAAAUUUUUGAAGAAUGUAAAAUCAGAGAUCAUUCAGCUUAAAAAGGAAAAGGAUGCUGUGGGCGAAGUAAUUGAAAAUUUUAUGGCAAUGCUGGAGAAAAAAGUCCAGACGGUAAAAGAUCAUUUAAGCGAAAACGAUGAAGAUGAAGAAGCUAUGAGGGAUGUGAUCUUGGGGAUCCCUGAUGAUAGGCACUCCAGUCAAUAUAUUACUUGGUGUAGAAAGAUUGAAGAAAGGGCCCAUCCACUAAUGGGAAAAAACUUACCAUUGUCUACAGAAAUCAAGCUGUACGCUAGAUAUCUCAAAAUAUUAAGCGAAUGUUUGGAAAUAAACCUGUGUAUACGCGGUGGAAGUGCCCUCCUUGCUCUUGAAGAAAAACUAGAGCGUGAAAAUCUAGGAAAACCAUCUCUAGUUACAAUUGAAAGUGUCCUUGUAAAUCUGACAGAAACCAUGAAGAUAAAAAUGAGAGAUAUGUUCACUUCCCAGUCGAAAGAUCGACCUAUUGACAAACUUUUGGAACUCCUUCAAGAACAAGUAAAGCAGGACUCUGUUGUCAUCAUAUUUGUUAGGACACGAGAACUUGUGUUUUGGAUGGAAAAAUUUUUGAAGCAAGAGAAUUACAAGUUUGGGCGAUUGACAGGACAACAGUCAGGAGACGGUGCACCAGCUAUGACUCAAAAACAACAAGAAGAUGUUAUAAAGAAAUUAAAUUCUGGAGAGUUACAGGGAAUAAUUGCCACAGAUAUAGCUGGAGAGGGCCUUAAUAUCGAAAUAUGUUCAGGAGCCAUUAGAUACAUGUGUGCUGGAAAUGAAAUAACUUCCAGACAGUUUAAAGGACGAAUUCGAAAAGACGAGGGCACGUUCAUAACAAUUGGUGAAGGCAAACAUACUAUAAGAGAACACCUGAACACACAGAGGGCACUGCUGAUGACGGACGCAGUAAACGAAAUUUGCAACAUGAGUCAAGAGAAGCUUAAAGAAAAACUUGAUAAAUGUCGAAACGAUAUCCUUCUUGAAGAAAAAAGAAAACAACAGAAAGAAAAGGAGGAGAACUUGACAAAAAGGGAUCAUUCCGAAUAUGCAGUUUCUUGUACAAGAUGUGGUAAAUUUGACAUAGAUUGUGAAAAUAUUUUCCUGAUCAAGGGUGUCCAUCAUGCCGUUGUAGAUAAAAACAUAGCGGCAAAAAUAACACAAAAAAAACUGAAAAAGAAGCCCUACAAUGGCGACGAUUUAGAACAGUUAACAGAAUGGUAUCACGAUAACUGUGCUGAGAAGCUGGGAACUGUUUAUCGUUUCAAAGGAGUAGGUUUACCAGUCAUGGGUCAGGGAAGAUUUGUUUAUUACAAAAAGCAAGACCAACCAAGAAAGCCUUUGCCUGUUACGAAGUGGAAGUACGUUCCAUUUGAGAAAUCUUUGAGAGAGAUUGGUGAGGAACAGCUAACGGAAAUGAACGGGGUUCUUUAAGAUGACUUAUAAAUGUGUAAUAAGGAUUUUAUAUACAAUUAGAUAAUUUGGUGACUAGUACUAUUUUUUUGUAUGAAGAAGUGUACUAAACAUGGACAAUGUCCUGUUUUAAACAAAGAUACUGUUAUGAGCAUUUUCAGCAUGAAUUUGAAUAAUCAAAUAUAUUCUUAUCUUUAUUAAAAAUAGCACAUGCUUUGUUAAAA